AUUCGCUGCAAAUGCCGGAACUGUUGCGACGAUAUCCGCCCGAAGACCACUCGGACUUCGCGCUCCCGCCGGACGUCGUGUUCUUCUGUCAGCCCGAGGGCUGUGUCAGCGCUUCCUAUCGGCGAACGUCUCAACGCGACACCAAUUCCUUCGUCUUCGCGCUCACAGAGAAGGACACGUCGCGCGUCAGAUACGGCAUUUGCGUCAACUUCUACCGCACGGUCGCGCGGCGGUCGGCGCCGGCGGCGGCUGAGGAGCGGAAGUGCCACAAAUGCCUUUCUCUGGUCUCGUUCUGCAUCAUCUCUCAUCACCCGUUCUUCUCGUCGUUCCGCGAAUGCCUUCAAGUCCUCAAACGCAUGGUUCUCGCCUUUCAGCACUCGAACCUCGACCGACGCCACAAGCGAGACCCGAUCUGGCAGUUGCUGACGACGCGCGUCACUCCUGGCGACGCAUCCUUCGCGCCGCAAGUGAUUCUCGAUUUCCGCGAAGUAGAAACUUGGUGUUUGAAGCUGCUGUCCUGUCCCGUUCCCGUUCCCGGCAAGACCAAGCUCGAGCUGGAGGUCGUGUCCCGCGAGAUGCGCGCG